UGUUUUGAAAUCCGAUUUGGGAAAAUACCUAGAGCAAACAACCACUUAUUUGUAUAUCCUGCAGACAUGGAGCAGCAACAUUUGCAGUCACUUGCAGUCAGAGACUGAUAACAGUGCUAAGGAAGCCUUUUGGAAAACAGGCAAAACAGGUGGAGCAAUCGUCCUAUCAGAGGGCUUAAUGGUGAGAGGGAGUAAAGGAGGAGCUUCUGUAAUUCAAGAGCCCCAGGCAGCACACUGAUACUUCAUCCCUGCCAGACAUUUGGAUUGAGUAUCUGCAUUCAGGACCACGAUGUUCAGACAAAUCUGCACACGGUUGAGGUCUGGCUUCUUCCUCAGCUGCCCACCCUGGUUGUCUGUCUUCUUGUUAUGCACAUCAAGUCUCUUGAGCACAGAAUUGAAAUAUACGCAAGGGAUGCAGGUGACGUCCACGGGCCCGCAGACUAUCCAGAAGGCAGAGGGAGAGAGUGUGAUUUUGGGCUGCACUUACACACCGAGCCCUGCGGACACCGGAGAACUUGACAUUGAAUGGUCCGUGGUCAGUCCAGACACCACGCAGAAAGAUCAGAUGCUCGUGUCCUAUACCAGCGGCACUAAAUACAUCCACAGUAACCACGCUCUUGCAAAAGGACUCAGCUUUGCUGCUCCGGACCCCUCAAUGGGUGACGCUUCGCUCUCCAUCUCUCUACUGUCACCUGCUCAAAGUGCUACCUACAAGUGUAAAGUGAAGAAAUCACCUGGAGUGGACACGCGCAAGGUGUCACUUGUGGUACUGGUGAAGCCGUCUGCACCUAAAUGCUGGGUGGAGGGCGGGGAGCUCAUCGGCGAGGCUGUAUCGCUGCACUGCAAAUCUGAAAGAGGCUCCACUACCUUAACAUAUACAUGGAAGAGAGAAAGUGCAGGACCCAUCCCUGCUAUGGCGACACAGAACAGGGCAACUGGGGAGCUGAAAAUCAGUAAUCACUCACAGAGCUUUGCAGGCCUCUACCUUUGUGAGGUGAACAAUGCUGUUGGAGCCCGACACUGCAGGAUCAACCUGAAAGCAAACAAACCUCCAAACAGAGCGGCGGUGAUAGUCGGCACCGUUGUGGGUUCCCUGCUCCUCAUCUUCAUCCUGUUGGUCCUCAUCGUGAUUCUAUACUGGAAGUUGAGCACCAGGCAUCGCUAUGAGAAGGAGUUUUCCAAUGAGAUCAGAGAGGACGCCCCGCCUCCUGAGAGCUGCCCGGCCAGUCGCCAUACCAGCCGAUGUGGCAGUCAGCACCCACAGGUCGCUUACAGUCAGAUCAGCGGGACUCAUGGAAGCUCUUUCAAUGAAGGACGUGCGCACACUUCCUCCAGCAACAGCCGCACACCUGUCAAAUACACACCAGUCGAAUAUGACAGCAAGUACGGAUACGCAGUCUGACAAUCAACAGCAGCUGAACUGAAGAAAUUUGGCUCUCAUUGUUUAAAACUGAAACUUAAAAUGUGAUUAACUGAAUCAAAGCUGUGAAGUGUGAUCGUUUUAAAUAACUUUAAUAUAAUGUUAGUCACAUUAGAAUCUCCUCUUUUAUUACUAGUUAGUGUAGCUAUUCUUGUCUUUUAGACUGUCUGACUAUGGAUGUAAAAGCAACUGAAUUAAACUGGAUUUUUUAAGUAGUAGC